AUGGUUCAGGCUACCACAUUCAAGAUUGGAGUGAUAGGGCCAUGGUCUUGUGACUCCAUAUUUGCCAAGGCAAUGCCUGAGAUUGCAGCUAAACUGGCUGUGCGAAGAAUCAACCAAGAUCAAUCACUGUCUCUAGGUACUACCUUUGACUAUGUAAUUCUGGAAGAAGACUGUCAGACUUCUAUAGCACUGAAAGGCUUUCUGGGUUACUACACACGGGCCUCAGCUUUCUUAGGGCUUUUGAAUCCUGGAUACUGUGAGGCAGCAUCUCUGCUCACCCGAAACUGGAAUAAAGCACUCUUCGCCUGGUCCUGUGUAAAUUAUGAGCUGGAGAGUUCAUGGCAUCACCCAUCAUUCAUCCGUACUAUGCCCUCUCCUGUUUGGGUGCUGCAGACUGUGGCUCAUCAUUUCCGCUGGGCAAAUAUAGCCAUUGUGGCCUCAGCCGAUAAUGUGUGGGUGGACACAUCCAACAAGGUAGCAGAUGCCUUGAGAAGCUACGGUCUCCCUGUCAGGAUGGUGAUCUCCACUAGCAAUGACCCUGCCAGUAUACGCAAGUCUCUCUCCAGGAUCAGGAAGAUGGCAGAGCUUCGCAUGGUGAUCCUCUGCAUGCAUUCUGUCUUGAUUGGUGGAACAACUCAAAAGCUGUUGCUGGAGACGGCUCUGGAUAUGCGCUUGACAGAUGGCUCUGUGUUAUUUGUGCCCUAUGACACACUUCUCUAUAGUUUACCAUACAAGCAGGUGACUCAUCAUGCAUUGCACACCAACAGCAAGUUGAGGCUGGCCUAUGAUGCUGUCUUAACAAUUACUAUGGACUCAGAGGAGAAUUCAUUCUACAGUGCCCUCCAGGAUGCCGUUAAAUCCAAAGAGGUGCCUGCAAGCAUCAAGCCUCAUGAGUCAUAUCUUCUAUUUAUCUUGUCACCUCUAUUCGGAACCAUUUACACUUCAAUCAUCUUCAUGGCAAAUGCACUACAAAAUGUUCGUGAAUCAGCAACCUGGCUUUCAGGAGCAACAUUAGCCCGUCACACUAAGAACAUGGUCUUCCAAGGUUUCAGCCAGAGAAUUCGCACAAAUGCAUCUGGAGUGAGCCUCCUAAACUAUGUGGUGCUUGACACAGAUGGCCAUUCUUGGGAACUGCAUCCCACACACAUUGUUGAUGUAGAGGCUAACAUGAUUCGGUACCUUGGGAGAUCUAUCCACUACCCUGGACGAGGACCCCCCAAAGCUGACUCCGGCUGCUGGUUUAGUCCUGGAGGACCUCUUUGUACUAGAGGGCUGGAUCCGCUUUUCUUGUUUAAAGUGUUAAUGUCAGCUUUCUCUGUAAUUCUUCUUGUCAUCAGUCUUGGAUAUUGCAUAAGACGUCGCAUCAAUCAAAUAAGAGUAAUUCGAGGUCCCAACAAGAUGCUUCUUACACUAAAUGAUGUGACCUUCAUUAAUCCCUCCCUCAGUCACAAGAAAUUGAGUAUGGAAGAUAGUAGAGGAGAGGUGGACAAAUGCUUGUCAGAUCUUAAUAGCGGAAUGAAUUCAUGCCUCACCGUCUCGGACACUCCAGAGCCUGAUUAUGAAAACUCCAAUGUAGCUAUUUUUGAGGGGGAUUGGGCUUGGCUGAAAAGGCUGCCAUCUGGACAUUUUGGGUCUAUCAAUCCAAAGACUAGUGACAUCUUUAAAUUGAUGAAGGAUAUUCGUCAUGAAAACCUGAAUCAGUUUUUGGGGUUCUUUCAUGACCGUGGUGUGUUUGCUAUCGUAACCGAGUUCUGUUCUCGGGGAAGUCUGGAGGACUUACUUCGCAAUGAGGAUGUUAAGCUGGAUUGGAUGUUCAAAUCUUCCCUGCUGAUGGAUCUGAUCAAGGGCAUGAAGUAUUUACAUCACAGAGGUGUGUGUCAUGGCCGACUUAAGUCCCGUAACUGUGUGGUGGAUGGUCGCUUUGUACUGAAGGUAACUGACUUUGGCUAUAAUGAAGUCCUGCAGACCCAGAAGUUUCCCUACACAGAACUCGAACCAGAGGAGCUGCUGUGGACUGCUCCAGAGCACCUGCGCACCCCUCACCCUGGACUGUUUGGUUCUUAUGAGGGUGAUGUCUACAGCUUCUCCAUCAUAGUUCAAGAAGUGGUGCUGAGAGGACCACCAUUCUUUAUGCUCCACAUGCCUGCUGAAGAAAUAAUUCAGAAGCUUAAGAAACCUCCUCCAAUGUUCAGGCCAGUGGUUUCUCCUGACUUUGCACCUAUGGAAUGCAUUCAGCUCAUCAAACAAUGUUGGAACGAGCAGCCAGAUAGACGACCAAGAUUUGAUGAGAUCUUUGAACAGUUCAGGAACAUUAACAAAGGAAAGAAGACAAACAUCAUAGACUCCAUGUUGCGCAUGUUAGAGCAGUACUCGUCUAACCUCGAGGAGCUUAUACGUGAAAGGACGGAGGAGCUGGAGAUAGAAAAGCAAAAAACUGAAAAACUGCUCACACAAAUGCUUCCUCCGUCUGUUGCUGAGGCCCUCAAAAUUGGAGGCACAGUGGAGCCAGAAUACUUUGAUAAUGUGACGCUGUACUUCAGUGACAUAGUAGGGUUUACUACCAUCUCUGCCAACAGUGAGCCUAUUGAAGUGGUAGACCUGCUCAACGAUCUGUACACCUUAUUUGAUGCAAUUAUUGGAAAUCACGAUGUCUACAAGGUUGAAACUAUUGGAGAUGCGUACAUGGUGGCAUCUGGCGUGCCUGUUCCCAACAGUGACCGACAUGCUGCUGAAAUAGCUAACAUGUCACUGGACAUUCUGAGUGCCGUUGGCACCUUUAAGAUGCGACACAUGCCUGAUGUACCUGUACGCAUCCGCAUUGGACUACACACGGGUCCAUGUGUGGCUGGAGUAGUAGGUCUCACCAUGCCUCGAUACUGCUUGUUUGGGGACACUGUGACCACUGCUUCUAGGAUGGAAUCUACAGGAAUGCCAUAUCGCAUCCAUAUCAGUCACGCUACUGUUAAGAUCCUCCUUGAGCUUAGGGAAGGCUACAAGGUCCAGCUUCGUGGAGGAAGUGACCUAACGGGCAAAGGCAUGGAGGAAACCUAUUGGCUUGUGGGUAAAGAUGGAUUCGACAAACCACUCCCCGUGCCUCCUGAGCUCAAACCAGGGCCAGAGGUGGCACAAGAUUUUAACCAGCUGCUUCAGAAAGCCGUGAGGAAGCUUUUGAUUGUGAAGCAUGUGGCCCAAUAG